AGAAAAACCACACAAAAUAUUUUUGUCCAGUGGGAUAAAAUAUUAAUGGAUAAAAAGAAUAAGGGCUUUUGCUUAAUGGAGAACUCAAGUUUUCAAAUCUCAAAUCUGAGGGUUUUCCAUUCAAUAGCCUGAAUUUUGCUAUUUUACUAUGACUAUUGAGUCAAGCACGUUUUAAAGUCAGAUCCAGGGAAUGUUGUGAUCUCUGUGAAAGUGAGAGCAAGACUGAAGAUGUCAAAAUGCUAUUGCACACUAUAAUUGAUUUUGUGUGUGUGUGUGUGUGUACAAUUAGCUUAAAGUAUUAAUGGAAAAAGUAGGUAGUUGCAUCUAAUGAUUUUUCUUUUUUGGAGUAAUCUGAACCAUCUGCCUCUAUAUAUUAAGGAGUUCUUUCUUUAAUCCAGAUUAUGGCUGACAAACUGGUUUUGGCAUUCACGUUUCACUAGCACUGUGCCCUUGAAGAGCUGAUGUGGCUGUAGAAACCCUCUCGCUUACAACUGUUGUGUUUGAAAACAUUUUUUGUUUGGCUUUCUUGUAGUUGUUUUCUUAUAGCUCCUUUUUUUUUUUUUUUCUUUUUUUGAGAAAAUGGCCUUUCUAAUGAAAAGUAUGCUGAGCAACCAGGUAAAGAAUUUGGGACUUGGAGGUGGAGGGGAAGAAAGCAAAGAAGAAAGCACUCCUUCUGAUCCAGCAGCAGCUGCAGGAAUGACCAGAGAGGAGUAUGAGGAAUAUCAAAAGCAAAUGGUUGAGGAGAAGAUGGAAAGAGAUGCAGCAUUUGCACAGAAAAAAGCAGAGCGAGCUGUUCUGAGGGUUCACCUGAGGGAAAAGUACAGACUGCCCAAGAGUGAAUUGGAUGAGAAUCAAAUACAGAUGGCUGGAGAUGAUGUGGGAUUGCCAGAAGACCUUCAGAAGAUGGUGGCAGAAGAUCAGGAGGAGGAAGAAGACAAGGACUCUAUCCUGGGCCAGCUGCAGAACAUCCAGAAUAUGGACAUGGAUGCCAUCAAAGAAAAGGCACAAGCCACCUUCACUGAGAUGAAACAGGCAGCUGAACAGAAAUGUACCAUGAUGUAGAUGAGCCACCACUGCCCAAAGGCUGUAACUUCAGUCUUGUGUUACUGGGGCUGCAGAGGGAGAGCAGGCAGAGGGAUGUACUUAGCUCUAUAGCAUGCUGUGUAAAUAUAGAAAAGUGAUGAGAGAGAGACUUAAAACCCUGAGGGAAGAGUAAAAAUUUACCUGCUGGGACUGCCUAGAAGGAAGUUAGAACUGAUCCUCAGUUUUGAACAUAAUUUUCUCCCCCAUGGAAAAAAAAAGCUUUAAAGAAGUUAAUAUUGGGGAAAAAAUGUGCCUUUUUUCAUUUUUUCCACAUGACUGAAAUGCUGUUAAAUGUGUAUGUUUGAACAAAAUUGUACUUCUUAUACAUCACAUAGAGGUAACCACUCAUUUAAUCCUGCUUUCAGAAAUAAACACAUAUAUUUCUAAUAAGAACAUGUCUGUUUCAAGCAUCUUGAGGUAAACACAGUGUUCAGAUAUUGACAUUUGCUGCAAAACU